AGUGGGGGGAUUGAUAGGGAUGUUUCCAUCAUGGCGGCAUCCAUUUCAGGUUAUACUUUUAGUUCUGUGUGUUACCACAGCGCCAAUAGCAACUCGGAUCAUGAGGGCUUCCUAUUAGGAGAAGUAAGGCAAGAGGAGACCAUUAGCAUCAGUGACACGCACAUAAGCAGCGCAGAGCUCAUCCAGGUUGUAGAAAUCCAUAACCAUGACCCCUGUGCACGGUUGUUUAGCUUUUAUGACUAUGCCGGCAAAAUCGACGAAGAACAUCUCGGCAGUAUUCUCAAAGAUAGGCGAAAACACGUGAUUGGCUGGUAUCGGUUUCGGCGGAACACACAGCAGCAGAUGUCUUUCAGAGAGCAGGUGGUCCACAAGCAACUGACGCGGCUGCUUGGCGUGCCCGACCUCGUCUUCCUCCUGUUCGGCUUCAUUUCCACGGCCAACAGCUCCACGCACGCGCUGGAGUACGUGCUCUUCCGACCCAACCGCAGCAGGUACAACCAGAGGAUCACCCUCACCAUCCCCAACCUGGGCAACACCAGCCAGCAGGAGUACAAAGUCUCCUCGGUGCCCAAUACCUCGCUCAACUACGCCAAGGUCAUCAAAGAACACGGGGCUGAAUUCUUCGACAAAGACGGCGUGAUGAAGGAUAUUCGAACCAUCUAUCAAGUGCACAGUGCGCUGCAAGAUAAAGUGCAGGCUGUGUGCGGGGAGGUUGAUCAAAGCGAACGCGUAAAGGAGAAACUUCAAGACGAUGUGAACAAGCUGAAAGAACAAAUUGCACUCAGGAAACGCAAGACGGCCGAGGAGGAGAGGAAGCUCUGUGAAAUGCAGACUCCAAACGCCAUUCCAGAGGAGAACACGGAACCUUCCCAGACGUCCCUUCCAUCCAGGAUAUCUUUCCACGCACCCUCGGCGCCCGAGCGGCCCAGCAUCUCCCCUAACCCGCCGUCUUAUGCCGACCUCCUGGUUGACUCUCUGCUCUCGUCCUCUUCCCUGGCCUCCACCAGCGCCGCUCUACUUCCCCGUCCCCAAGCCGUGGGAUCGCCGGGCCACCCCACACCGGGCCACCCCACGCCGGGCCACCCCACGCCGGGCCCGCUGGCCGCUGCCUCCAAUCCUGUCAGCGUGCCUAGCUCGCCGUACCUCGGCAACGGCGACGGGUCAAGCUCGGACUCGUUAGACAGGCAAGCGGCGGGGCAGGAGUUCGACGACGACGAGGACAGUAGCGAGUACGAGAACCUGGUACUUCAUUUGGGACGUCUGGUGUUUAACAAGAGAAUGGUGUUAAUUCUGCCAACCAGCGUGUCCAUAAAAAGGCAGGUCCUGCUUCCCACUCUUUUUUUUAAAAAAUUUCCCCCACAUUACACUAACACACUCUCGCGUCACUUUUGCACUAUUUAUUGCCUUCUUUUAACAACAACCUCUCAAAGAAAACAAAAGGGAGAUGAUUAAUCAGCCUUGACACUUUUGUUUUGCUUUUUCAUGCACAAUUGUCAUUUUUGAUUUGGGGUUUAGUAAGUAAAUGACAAAUAGAUCCGCCACUUACGGCUGCUUUAUAUAUAAAUAUAUAUUUUCUUUUGGGGGUGAGAUUGAUUAGACGAGAAUGUCAACAGAAAACACUGAAAUUGUAUGGCGCUUUGCUGCACUUAACAUAAUGUACCAUUUUCUUUGUGCUCUACCAAUGAGGUCCUGUCUUGCCACUCGUGUGACCACUGCUCAGCUUUUAACUUUUCUAAGUUAGAUGGGGCUUAACACAAUGUACUGUAGCUUUACUAACCCGACGCUUAAGAGGUUCCUUUCGACUGCUGCAACACACAGUUACCACUGAACUCCAUUUUCAAAUCAACAACUUUCUCACCGUCGUCGACUUAUAUAAUCACUUGAAGCUCACUUUCUCGCUCACUUGUUCUCUAUUAAACUCCUUCAUGGAAGGCUCAGUAACCAUUUGUAGUGUGUGAGUUUUAACUGCGGCGAUCACAACAGCUUAACAUAUGUCAGACUUCCAUCUUUGGUGUUGUUCUUCCUUCUUGGCUGACAAUAACCACCGAAAAAUCGUACUCGUGUCGGACUGUCGCGACUUGUGACUUUGCCGUCUUUGUUGUUGGAAACAGGAAUCCUAACCACAAAGCCACAUGAAACCUGCUCGGUAAUUGUCAGAGACAUCAAAUCAAAGUCAUAUGGCAUAUUUUUAGGACACUAAAGAACCUGCAGGGUGUUGAAUGCAGGCACCAGCAGGUUGUACUCGAUUGGGAACUGACGCAUUGCCUGGAGAUUCAGCUUUUUUGUCCACCUCUUGCUUUUGUCUGUUUUAUUGCAUCACUGAUUAGGAACUGGCACAAUUUAAAUGUGACUUCAUAAUGGCGAUGACAUUUGUUGUAUGCUUUUGCCUGGAGAACUGGAGCAUAUAAUGAGGAAUUAAAUUAAGUAUUGAAUGUACGUAGAGUAGACAAGGGAGGGGAACGUUGUAGCAUUUAGUUGACAUUAGAGCAGGAGUUUGAUAAUCAUGCUCUACAAAGCCCUUCUGAUGAUUGCUGGGCGUUGUAACGCCGACAGUGGAACCUCUCAAGUUACAAAACAACACAUGCUGGAUGACUUCCAAGUUGUUCUGACUUCACUAUUUCUUUUAGCAUCACAAAAAAUAAUCCUUUAAGAUUUCCAUUUAGAUGCUCACUGAGCUGAAGUCUUGAAAUGUGAUGUCACCUAUGGUCACUCCAAUUUGUUAGCCUAAUAGCGUAAGUGGUCCAAGUCAUUUUGAAGCAUUUUCUGAAAACACCGUGUCCAGUUACCUUGAUUUAAUCUGACAAAAGGAAAAACAAUUCUUAGCAUGACAAUUGAUAUCUUUUGAGACAACGUGACUUGAGCAAUUCUGCGACUACACAAAAUUGUACCACUUUAUGAACUGUUCGACUGUGGAGGUUCCACUGUAUUGACUAUUGUAUCCUUGCAUAACCUCAUCUUGAUUUAAAAAAAAAAA